AUGGACCAAAAGUCCCCAGCCACACUACUAGAGCUUGCUGCACGAGGUCUGCUGAGUAAUGAGCGUGUAGCUAUAGAUGCCCUUGAAGAGCUCCCCAGAGGCAUGUUAGCUCCGUUUUUCAGUGCCGCCUUCUUGGGUGUUCAUAAGAAGGUACUGAAGGCAAUGCACUCUAUCAUGAAACUAGAAGAAGCCCAAAACAGAGUUCGGUGCCUCGAACUUGUAAAUUCGGACUCUGAGCCUCAGUCAUCCAGGAAACCUGUGGAAUUAUUAGUGGACAUUUCCCUAGAUGGUACCUUGAGAACAGGGCGAUUUCUUUCUUUACUUCGGAAUAAAGUACAGCAGAGCUUUGGGUCCUUGCACCUCUGCUGCAGAGAUUUGCAAAUUGAUGGAAGGCUUGCCCACGAACACAUCCUGCAGCUUCUGGAUAUGGGAUGCAUUGGUCACCUGAAAGUGAAUGAGAUUUAUCUGAGUCAAGUCACCACCCUUUUGGCUCAGAUGACCCACCUCCACAGCCUUAGUUUGUCUCAAAUCCCUUUUACAUCUUGUAUGAGGAAAAGCUUUGGGACUUUUCUCACCCAUCUUGGGCAGAUGAAAACCCUUCAGCAGAUCCGUUUGUCUUCCUGCCGCACGCAUUCGCUUCACGAACUGCUCAGAUGCCUGCCACCUCAGCUGGAUGCAUUGUAUCUCUCUUUCUGUGGACUUUCUAACAGAGACAUCACUGUCCUGUCCCAGAGCCCUGCAGCCCCCCAUCUAAGAUUGCUGAGUCUCUGCAACAACAAGAUAUCCUGGGAACAUUCUGAGGCCUUCCAGACUCUGCUGGCGAGUGUCUCAGGCACGCUGCAGCAUCUAGAGAUAGAUAAUUGUCUGAUGACUGAUUCCACUCUCACUGCUGUCAUUCCGGCCCUGAGCCACUGUUCCCACCUCCGUGUCUUUAGCUUCGCCUCCAAGCUGCAGGCCCAAUUGAAGGCAAUGCUGCAGGUGGUAAAGCGGAAUGACAUGCGCUGGACUACUUCUCCUGAGUGA